AUGGCUACUGUAGAAGAUCCAGAAACCGCUUUCCCCGAAGCCCAUAAAAUCCUCAAACAAUUCAUUAUUAGCGAUGAGGACUUGGUCAAAAUAAUGAACGGCAUGUCAAAGGAGGUGAAGGCUGGAUUGAAUGCUGAUACGAAUGCACGCGCGUCGAUACCCUGCCACUUAUCCUACGUGCAAGAUUUGCCGACGGGUAGGGAACGUGGUCGCUUUCUGGCGCUUGAAAUGUGGCCCACCAACUGUCGGAUCAUGCUUGUCAAGUUUGGCAACGAAAAGGAUGUAUAUAUGUCAUCCAAAGCCGUUGUAAUACCGUACACUGUAGCUGCCGGUCGGGGAGAUGAGUUGUUUAAUUUUUUGGCCGAGAACAUUGCUAUAUUUGUUAGGGACAAGAAGGUAGAAAAGGAAAACUUACCCAUGGGCAUUGCCUUUACAUUUUCUAUGAAAAAGCUCGCCCUGGAUGUGGGUAUAUUAGUAGCUUGGUCCCGCGGCUUCGGAGCUGAGAAUGCAGUGGGUAAGAAUGUUGUGGAUCUGUUGCGUGUGGCCGUAGCAAAGCAUAAAGAUAUCGCCGUAAAUAUAGUGGGGAUCGUGAACGAUGCCGUUGGCUCGCUGAUGGCACUAGCAUGGUCCUAUCCCGAUUGCAAGAUUGGACUAAUUGUGGGCACUUUUACAAAUGCCGCAUAUGUCGAGGAAACAGAUAAUUGCCAAAUGUUUGAAGGGGACGUCACAAAGCCGUAUAUGAUUAUCAACAGCGACAUGGCCAGGUAUGGCGAGAAUGCUCAUCUCGACUUUAUUCGCAAUGAGUUCGACAAGGCGCUUGAUCUCGAAACCAACAACCCCGGCUACCGGCUCUUCGAGAAAUGUGUAUCCACACUAUAUAUAGGCGAACUAGUGCGCUCCGUCAUAGUCAGGCUGAUGAGGCAGGGCGUCAUAUUCAAGGAGCACAACCUCGAGUACAUUGGCAUUCGCUGGAAAAUGGAAAUGAAGUCUCUGAUAGCGAUUGAAAGUGACCCGCCUGGUGUGCACACCAAAUGUCAAGAGGUAAUGGACAAGUUUCGGAUGCGAAAUUGUCUGGAAAAGGAUUUGGCUUGUGUGCGCUAUAUCUGUGAGGUAAUUACUGCUCGCUCAGCCAAAUUGGUGGCUUGUGGCUUGGCGUGCUUUAUCCAUAAAAUGGACUAUGCGGAAAUAUCUGUUGCCGUCGAUGGCGGUGUUUAUCGCUUGCAUCCCACCUACUCUAUAACACUCAACAAGGAGGCGCUAAAAUUGGUCAAUCCGUCGAACAGGUUUAAGAUCAUUGUGGCAGAAGAUAGCGCAGGUGUGGGCGCCGCAAUAGUCGCCGGUCUGGCGGUCAUGGCCAAAAACCGCAGCACUUCGAAAGCCCGUGAAACCAUGCAAGUCUCUUAAAUCACUCGAUCACUCUUUCUUAUCUCUCUUAUAUCGACUUAUCUCUGAGUUAUAUAUCAUGUACUAUUGUUUCGAAAUUAUUUGUGUUUCCCGAACACGAUUCAAAAGUUUGGCCUCAACAUCUAAAUUAAUAAAUAUUAACAGUUUUUAAAA